AUGAGCCAGCAGGAUGUGGUCGCGGUGCUUUCAGAACGCCUGCUCGUAGCCGCCUACAAAGGCCAAGUGGAGAAUGUGGUGCAGCUUAUCAACAGGGGUGCCAAGGUAGCGGUUACCAAGCAUGGCCGGACCCCCCUGCAUCUUGCUGCCCACAAGGGUCAUCUCCAUGUUGUCCAGGUUUUGCUGAAGGCUGGCUGUGACCUGGAUAUUCAGGAUGACGGCGAUCAGACAGCACUGCACCGGGCUGCUGUCGUAGGGAACACCGACGUUAUAGCAACUCUGAUUCAAGAGGGGUGCGCUUUGGACAGACAAGACAAGGAUGGGAACACUGCUCUACAUGAAGCUUGUUGGCACGGAUUCAGUCAGUCUGCCAAAGUGCUCGUUAAAGCAGGAGCCAACGUUCUUGCCAAGAACAAGGCAGGUAACACACCUCUUCACCUGGCUUGCCAGAAUAGUCAUUCCCAGAGUACUCGUGUUUUGUUACUGGGAGGAUCGCGAGCAGACCUCAAAAAUAACGCAGGAGAUACCUGUCUGCAUGUGGCUGCUCGUUAUAAUCACUUGCCCAUCGUUAGGGUGCUGCUCACUGCUUUCUGUUCUGUCCAUGAAAAGAACCAGGCGGGAGACACUGCUCUCCAUGUAGCUGCUGCUCUCAAUCACAGGAAGGUGGUUAAGCUGCUGCUGGAGGCAGGGGCUGAUGCAUCCGUUGUCAACAAUGCAGGUCAGACCCCUCUAGACGUUGCCAGACAGCACAAUAACCCUGAGGUUGCACUCCUCCUCACUAAAGCAUCACAGGUCUCGCGCUUUAACCGUGGAAGAAGCCUGAGGAAGAAGAGAGAGAGGCUGAAGGAGGAAAGGCGAGCUCAGUCGGUGCCGCGGGAUGAAGUGGUACAGAGCAAGGGCAGCAUCUCCGCUGCGGAGGACACGCCGAGCAGCGACCAGCCACCGCAGAGGAAGAGCGAUCUGAAGGACGAACCCCGGUCAACCUCACCAGAUCCCAAAGGGAAGAAGAGCAAAAGGAAAAAGCCCAAGGAAAAGGUUUCGGCGCUCUCGGACCCCAUCGCCCCAGCUGACCAGCAGACUCUCCCUCGGCCCCAGCAAAACGUGCCGAAGCGCAGGAGUAAACACCACUGCUCCUCUCCGCCCGCUCCCCACGAGGUGCGAGCCUACCAGCUGUACACGCUCUACCGAGGAAAGGACGGGAAGGUGAUGCAGGCACCGAUAAAUGGAUGUCGCUGUGAGCCCCUGAUAAAUAAACUGGAGAAUCAGCUGGAGGCAACGGUGGAAGAGAUAAAAGCUGAGUUUGGGACAGUACAAGAUAAGAUGAAUGUUAAGCUGGGCCAGAUGGAAAGCAAAACUCAACAUCAACUCCGUGUUUUAGACAAGCUGAUGGCUGAGCGUCUGUCUGCAGAGAGAACAGAGUGCCUUCACCGCCUGCAACAGCACGCUGAGCUGGAAAAAAAUGAGGGGGAGAAACGGCAGAUUUCCUUGGUCAAUGAGCUGAAGACGUGGUGCAUGUUGAAGAUUCAGAAUCUGGAGCUCAAGCUUUCCGGCGAUUCCAGGUCAUCAAGACCAAAAUCAACUUUGUCCACUUGUACAGAGCAACAGUUAAUCGCUGGUGGACCCGCUUCUUCUGCCCCGGCUCAAGACGUCAGGCCAAAGGACAGAGCUGUUGGUGCCAGCACGUUCCACAGGUUCCAGCAGGAGCUGCCCUCCCCCGAGCUUUUGGGCUCCAAAUUAAGGCAUGUUAAGGUUCAAGCUGCUUUGCAGCCCUCGGCGGAACCUGCGAAGACGGAACCGCAGAGCGGCUACUUCAUGGACAAAGGAACCCAGACAAAGAAGUCCAGCAGAAGCGGGCAGUCGAGGCACAAAGCCGCAGACACCUCCCAGGCCCUGGAGAUCACCCAGUACUUCUUCGAGGCUGUCUCCACGCAGAUGGAGAAGUGGUACGAACGGAAGAUAGAGGAAGCCCGGUGCCAAGCUAACCAGAAAGCGCAGCAAGACAAAGCUGCGCUCCAGGAGCACAUUAAGAGCUUAGAAGAGGAGCUCAGCAAACUGAGGACUAAGUCAGCGGGGAGAAGCUGCAGAGCCAGCUCAGAUGACCAGCCCGCGGAGGUGGCAGAUGCAGGCUUCCAGCUGGGAGAGGCCAGGCUCCCACCACACGAGGUGCUAAGAGACACCUCCCAGGCCCUGGAGAUCACCCAGUACUUCUUCGAGGCUGUCUCCACGCAGAUGGAGAAGUGGUACGAACGGAAGAUAGAGGAAGCCCGGUGCCAAGCUAACCAGAAAGCGCAGCAAGACAAAGCUGCGCUCCAGGAGCACAUUAAGAGCUUAGAAGAGGAGCUCAGCAAACUGAGGACUAAGGUGCAGAAAGAGAGCUAG